AUGAUUUUAAUGUUUAGAAAUAUUACAUUAUCAAGUAACAGUUUAAAAACAUUUAUAAAAUGUCAUAUUAAAAUGUUGAUAACAUUCACACGAAAUCGAUGUUUUAAAAGAUCGAUUUAAUAUCUUUUGCUCAGUGGGGACAACCCGAGAGCACAAUAAGCUAACCGUUGCCCAACGUUGGGUAACGGCUAGCUAAUCAAUUUGUAUUUCUCGGAAGCAUAUAUCGAGGUAGUUAUCUAUUCUCUUAUCGUGGACUGAAGUAUGGUUGUCCAUAUGUCGAAAUUGCAUUCCUUAUUCUUAACACAUAUAUAUUUAAUUCUUCCUCCCUUACUCUCCUUUCACUAUAUCUGAGCCUUUGUCCGGGACUGCCUUUUGCUCGCCAUUUCUUACUCAUUAGUUCCCGAAACUAUUUGCAUGAGAGAAACCCGCUCCCACCAGCGUUCACUCCUUGCUCUACCCUGAGGACAAUAUUUCCGCAGGAGAACGCGGCCCUACAGAAGCGAAACGAUCUUCAUUUUUCGCGACUUCCACUGACGAAGCGCGUUCACGGGGACACGAUAUCGCCUUUCGGACGAAUGUCCGAGCGCACGUGCACUCACUCGCGUGUAACCGACGCGUACUGAAGAAUCCUGCGGAAAGGAGAGUGAAAAAUGCACAGACUUGCACGGGUUCGGUCAUCCUUCACGCGGUAAUUCUAUUCCCGUUUUAUCUUAUCGACGCUCAAUAAACGGGACGGGAAUCUGAAUGUCCGGUUCGGCUCGCGACGGGCCGACGAGGAGGAAGCCGCUUGGCGGCUGUUUAUCGCCGCUUGUUCGUACGCGCGCGAUCGUACUUACUAAUUAACGAUCGCCGUUGUGUGCAUCCGCCUGCGCCUUUCGCGCGGAAGGUGCGCCGCAUUCGAAUGGUCCGCGAAUGUUGUUUCCUCGAUCCGCUGCCGGCGACUUCCAAGGGCGAUUCAGGCAUCGGAAGAAGCGGUCGAGUCAAUGCGAUUUCUCGCCGGAGUCCGGAGUCGUGCCAAGUUUCCGGUUUCUAUUGCGAACUCCCCGAGCCCGACGAUGUGAAAUUGAGUUUUUCCCCGACGGAGGAUCCUCCCGAGAGAGAGAGAAAGAGAGAGAGAGAGAGAGAGAGAGGACUGUAGCUUCAAAACUGCAAAGCACAAAAGCGGCAAAAAUUGAGCGAAAACGGCAGAAUCUACGAAAUUUAAACCGAGAGGAAAGGAAGUGGCCGAGGCGGUCGGUCGCAGUAUUUGAAAGCCAGCGGUUAAGUGCGUGCGCUUAUUGUGUUUGUUCGCUGUACCGACUUGCGCGAUCGCAUCGGCCGCACGCGCCUGCUUGGCGUUUCUUGAGCGUUUCGACAACGGAAGCGGAAGAAGCAUCGGCCGGUCGGUCCGGAGAUUCCACCUCCACUUCCAUCCUGUUCCCUUCUACCACGAGGAAAGUUCACUACCUCAGUUACACGCGACGGGGUUGAGAAGGCGGACGCGUUCGUUCGGCGUUCCAUCCUCCAGCGGCGCUUCGCGCGCCCUUCGCGUGUCGCGGCACGGAGAAAGAGAGAAAGAGAGAGAAAAAGAAAAGGACACCUCAUAUCGAGCGUGUUUUUUUUCGUCCGAGGCAACUUAGCGGAAAAUAAAUAUUUGUAGCGGCCGUGGAGUGCGAGAAAGAGAGUCGUCGAUCGAUCGUCGCUCUUAUCGCGAGGCGGCUCGAAAAGUUUUCCCGCCCUUUCAGUAACGCCGACGGAAGGACGUGACGGCGCAUACACGCGCACACACACACGCUCCGGGAUCCUGAUCGUCAUCCCGAUGACGUGUCGACGGGCGAAAAUUCACAACGGUCGAAUUCACCGGCGGCUCUCCGCGGUUUCGCCGGCGAACGGCGAGCGAUAACGCAGCCUCCGCGCGGAGACGUUCGGAGCGGAAGAAGACUCGCCAUUUCGGUCCGCUCCGGGACUAAUGAUCGGGUACAAGGAUAAUAACGGCACGCGCGUAUUGUAAUCACGAUCGCGAGCGACGCGUGCAAGACUCGCUCACUUCCGACGCGUCCGCGAAUUCGCGUGACAUGGCGCGAGCCUUAUUAGAUGAUAUCGCCGCGGAAAUCCAUCUUACGCCGCGCUCGAACGUCGCUCCGUAAGUAAUGAACGGAAAACACGACGGCGAUUAACGCAUCACGCGACGAGUGAGCGACCGGCCGAUCGAUCCUUCGUUCGUUCGUGCUGCGUUCGGACGCACUGCGAGCGAAAACGAUCGCGCGACUCGCGCGGAACUUGCGCGAGGCCGAAGCAACUAUCAAACGUCCGCUAAAAGAAAAAAAAACCGCUAACGAGAUCGCAAGGACACGCGAGAUUGAUGAAUCAUUGAAAGAAGAGAGGACAAGUGCGAGGUGUAGCGUGUGGAUAGUGAGAGAUGUGAUAGUGUCGAGACGCUGAGCGCGAGCUUUAAGCGUCGGGAGGACACAGCGGUGGGACGCGUUCCGACGCAGGACGAAAGUCCGAGAAGAGUAGAUACCGCGAUAUUUACCGAGUCGAUCUGCAGGUGACGUCAAGCUGUAGAGAUUUGAAUAUUCAAGCAGCUCGCAAAGUCGAAGUCGCCGCCGAAGAAACGAAGCGGCGAUUAUUUAAGAGAGAAGCAUCCCGAGGAGAGAAAAAGGGGGGGGUGGCUUGAGCGAGAGAAUAAUUGUUGAAGGACGCUUCAACCGAGAGCGCGAUGACCACCGGUCCGGUGUCGAUGGGAAGCGUCGCGUUGUCACGUUCAACCCUUCGUCGCAAUCACGCCCGUUGAGCCAGCACCGUGAAACCGACGAGGAUUAUGCAUCCCGGACGGCGCCGAUAAACCACCCCCUCCCCCCUCCUUCGCCGAGUCGCGAUGGAAUCUCCAUCGAACGCGAGCGAGUCGCUCGAUCAUUCGGUUUACUUCAACACGGCCGUCCCGACGAACGAUUCCUCCACUUUCGCGGGCUCGGAGUUGAAUCUGCCGUACACCGUGUGCGAGAUCCUCGUGGCGAUCUGCGCCGUCCUCGGUAACGGCCUGGUGAUCUUGGUCUUCGGCAAGGAGCGGAAGUUACGCAGACGCACCAAUUACUACAUCGUCUCCUUGGCCGCGGCCGACUUGCUCGUCGGUCUGUUCGCCAUCCCCUUCGCGAUCCUGGCGAGCAUCGGCCUGCCGACGAAUCUGCACGCCUGCCUCUUCACCGUGUCGGUCCUCGUGGUCCUGUGUACCAUCAGCAUCUUCUGCCUGGUAGCGGUGUCGGUCGAUCGUUACUGGGCGAUACUGCACCCCAUGGGAUACUCGCGCACGGUGCGCACCAAAACUGCCAUAGGUAUAAUAUGCGUGUGCUGGAUAGCGGGUACGUUGGUAGGCUUCUUGCCGCUUCUCGGGUGGAACGCCGGAGAGACGAACGACCACAGGUGCAUCUUCACGAAAGUGAUGGACUACGACUAUCUCGUAUUCCUAUAUUUCGCCACCAUCAUCUUCCCCGCCUUACUGAUCGCCGCCUUUUACGCCCAUAUAUACCGCGUGAUUCUGAAGCAGUUACAGCAAAUCGUCACGAUGGAGCCCGACAGUGGUGCCGGCGCCGGUCGCCGUGUCAGCGCCGGCGGUGGUUUCCGCCGUGGUCGCGCGAAUAAUCAGGCGACCGGGACGAUGCUGCGGGUGCUCGGUGCGGCGCGCAAGCGGGAGGUCAAGGCCACGCAGAAUCUCUCGCGUAUCGUUCUCUUCUUCAUCGUCUGCUGGUUCCCGCUCUACACGAUCAACUGCGUGAUGGCGUUCUGCCCGAAGUGCGAGGUAAACGACUUCCUCAUGAAUUUCUGCAUCAUCCUGUCGCACAUCAACUCGGUCGGGAAUCCGCUUCUCUACGCCUACCACCUCAAGGACUUUCGCGCCGCGCUCAAGAACUUCGUGUGGCGACUGCUGUUCCCGCACAGCGACGUCAAGUCCAGCGUGAUCAGCGUGAUCCACGAUCGGGGCUCACUCGUCGGCUCGCAGAGGCAGCAGCUUCAGAGGCGGCUCAGCGGCCUCCCUCAGCCGGGCAGCCAAAGGUCGAGCCUGCUACGCCAGGCCGUCGGCGACACGAGGAUAGGCGCUGCGUAUUCCGAGAGGCGCACGUCGUCGUUGCGGGAAAAGGGGAAGCGUCAAGAUACUACUGACAUCAGCGCCGUCGGAACUGUUGUGAUAAUUAGCAAUUCCGCGCCGUGCGAACAGGCGAGCAAAGAGAAAUCUAUUAACGAUGCCGAUGAGAAAGCGGCUCAUACCUCCUCGAUGGAACUGCAGACGUACAAGUCGCUGGCACCGCUCCUGCCGGCCGAGGAGGGUCACGUCGAGGAAACGCCGCCCGCGUCGAUCUUCGUGAUCGAGGCCGACGUGAAUCAAGCCACUUCUGAUCACUUCCACUUCGCUCUGCGGCUCUCAACGCCCGACGAGGAGUCUAGGGACAGGAUCGAUGUGGCGGUCGGAUAAUCAAUCCAUGAUGACGGAUGAGGCGACGCGAAAGCCAACUAUAUCCGUUUGUGUACAAUCAGGACAAUUAGUCCCGGUACAAUGGCCGAUUGUUGACGUGAAUGUUAACGAGAUUGAUCAAUUUUAUAGUUGUGCUCCCCUGUUCCUCUCUCUCGCCUUUGUUACGUAUUUAUUUCGCAUCGACCAUGUUUAACGUCAGCAUGACCGUUUACCGUCAUCUUUAAUUAAGAAUGCUUCUCAUAUAUAUAUAUAUAUAUAUAUUUAUAAGAGUCCCCCGGUUAUAUAAGUUAUAGGUACAAGUCCUCCCUUAGUUAUAAGACUCCAAAUACUUUUUAAGAGGCUUCAUCGUGAUGACCGUGCGAAUAAACAAGCCAGCUGUGAAAAGAGCACGCGUAUGUACAGUAGCGCAUUCGGAACGUUUUUGACGUUUAAUCGACGUUAAUGCGUAGAUGUUAUCGCGUUACAGCAAAGAAAAUCGGUGUCACUAAAGUGUGUAAUUCAUAUGUGUGUGUGUGUGUGUGUGUGUGUACAUACAUGUACUCACUACUUAUUGUUACUCCUCGAAUUCCUAACGCGUGUGGAUAUUCAAUAAACCCUGACGUAAUCUAUUA